AUGCGGCUAAUUCCCUCUACCAAGUCACCAAUCGCCGCUGGUAGAUUUCGGUUUAGAACUUGUGAAGCCUGUGAUAUAUUUGUGGAGUUUUUCGGUGGAUCUGGUUUUGCUUGUGAAAAGAUGGCAUCUUCUUCGUCUAUGCUAGUUUCUCUUGCACUCCUGUUGAUCAUAAUAACUCUGUUCAUUUCUCCCUCCGUAGCUCAACAACAACACGCCCAGCUUAAGAAAAUAUGCUCCAGAACUUUCAACAGCGAUUGGUGCAUGAAGCUCAUGAAGAAGGAUUCGCGAACGUCUGAUGCCGACGAUCGCGCCCUCGCUGAGGUAGCGAUUGACUUGGCAUACUCCACGGCUCAAGACAUUCAGAAUCAACUUAACGCUAGACUUUAUAAGGAUGACGACGAACCUGAAUUGAAGGACGAGCUUGUCGCUUGCUCCAAGAACUACGACGAUGUCAUGCAAGACCUUAAACGGACAAAGAAGCACUUCAGCGACGGUUACCUCCAGCGGAUAUCAGCGGAAGCGGAGGAUGUUAUAGAAGAGGUUAACGAAUGCGACGAUCAACUCGAGAAGCAAAAAAGCAGUUCUCGAGGAACCAAAAGAAUUAGGAAAAUGAACGACGCGGUUGAACUUCUUUGCGAUGUAAUUAAGGUUUGUGCUAGCGAUUCGGGCGACGACGAUGAUUAA